AUCUUCUCUGCCACCACGCUAUCUUUAUUCACAUAAACAGAGAGAGAGAGCUCAGUUCACGAAACAGAGAAAACAGAGCAGAGAACAGAGCACAGAAGGAGAAGGAAAAUGGAGGGCAAAGAAGAGGACGUGAGAGAGGGAGCCAACAAGUUCCCGGAUAGGCAGCCCAUCGGGACGUCCGCGCAGACGGACAAGGACUACAAGGAGCCACCCCCGGCGCCGUUGUUCGAGCCAGGGGAGCUCGCGUCAUGGUCCUUCUACAGGGCUGGGAUUGCGGAGUUCGUGGCCACCUUCUUGUUCCUCUACAUCACCAUCCUCACCGUCAUGGGCUUCGCCAACAACCAAAACAAGUGCAAGACCGUGGGCGUCCAGGGCAUUGCCUGGGCCUUCGGGGGCAUGAUCUUCGCCCUUGUCUACUGCACCGCCGGUAUCUCUGGUGGACAUAUCAACCCAGCAGUGACCUUUGGGCUUUUCCUGGCCAAGAAGCUGUCCCUGACCAGGGCAGUGUUCUACAUGGUUAUGCAGUGCCUCGGGGCCAUCUGUGGUGCUGGGGUGGUGAAAGGCUUCAUGGGCCACACUCAAUAUGAGCUUCUGAAUGGUGGCGCCAACUAUGUGCACCAUGGCUACACCAAGGGUGAUGGCCUCGGUGCUGAAAUUGUGGGCACUUUUGUCCUGGUUUACACUGUGUUCUCUGCCACUGAUGCCAAGAGGAAUGCCAGAGACUCUCAUGUCCCUAUCUUGGCUCCUCUUCCAAUUGGGUUUGCUGUGUUCUUGGUUCACUUGGCCACAAUCCCCAUCACCGGAACCGGCAUUAACCCGGCAAGGAGUCUUGGAGCCGCCAUCAUCUUCGACAAGGACUUUGCCUGGGACGACCAAUGGAUCUUCUGGGUUGGACCAUUCAUUGGAGCUGCCCUAGCUGCUCUCUACCACCAGAUCAUCAUCAGAGCAAUUCCCUUCAAGGCCAGGGCUUGAAGUUCAAUUUGCAUCUUUUGCUUCUCUCCUUUCACUUGAGGCUUUGUUUUUUCUCCCUUAGGGUUGGACUUUUUUCCAUCUUUAUGAUGUAAAUUAUCGACUUACGAUAGUAUUUCGAGUGUGUGAAUGAUGGACUAUCCUUUUCUUUUUCCUAC